AAGCGCUACUAGCAGCCAUUUUCCUACGCUAAACCCGGGGAGCUAGGCGGGCUAUUUAUUUCCUCAAGUACGAAAUUAUCUUGAGGAACUGGCGUUCCUUCAAAUAAGGAACCAUGAGCCAGUACAUCAAUGUAGCCGAGAAUGAGGGCAAUGAGCCCAUGGAGGUACCGAGUGAGGACGAUGGGACACUUCUUUUGACGACGUUGUCGGCUCAGUUCCCCGGGGCCUGUGGAUUGAAAUAUCGAAACCAUGAAACGGGAACGCUUCGAGGCAUACGGCUAUCGGAUGGACGUCUAUAUCCACCUGAUACAGACUGGGGAAGACAGGUGUACAUUGUGGUGUUUCCUAAAGGUACGUUUGAUUUACAAUCAUUAAACAAACUUAUUUUUUUAAUUUUCUCUCUUCUGUUUUGACUAUUUCCCUCCCCUCAACAGAAGCGCCCUCUGUCUGGUCAAGCCCUCUUUUUAUUCUUUUUAUAACAUUUUUAGAAAUAAAAUGUCAAACUUAAAAGUUAAUAUAACUUUAAAGAAAAUGUCCCUCUUGUUUGGGGUUUUCUCUUGUGCAUGUGUCUAUUGCUACAAAUUCGUACGAGAUAAUGCUACGAAAUAAUGAUAAGAUGUGAAUUCUAAUACUAUUUUACCUAUUCAUAUUCAUUUCACUAUACUAUACAUGAUUAUAUGUAUAAUGUAUACAAAGUAGGUCACGCCCAGGCCAUGGGAGGUACCUUUACUGUAAUUAUAAUGGUAGCUAUUGAGCAGUGUCAAAUUUUUUGGAUAAAUUUCACAAAUAUUGUCAAAUUACAUGCAUACUCAAAAUAGUGUUAAAUUUUAGCAGUUUUUUAGAGCCUACUAGAUUUAAGAUAGCCCUAUGAAUGAAAAGUAUGAAAUGAUUAUGAUAUAAAUAUAAAUAUAAUAGAGGGCAGAAGUUUAGAUAGGCUAGUGCUAGUUAGUUAUUUUUCAUAUAGCUCCCAAUAUUAAGUUCAGUGUAAAUCUAACUUAUAUUUUCAUAAUCAUAAUGUAUGUUUUAAAAUUGUGACAUUUUAGUGAUUAAAUUAGUUAACCAGAUGGGAUAUUUUGAAAGCUUUACACUCAAAUUAUUAAAAGUAGUAGUAUAUUAUUAUCAUGUUACUAGUUACUGUUAGAUUUUAAAAAAUGUUAACUCAUUCUAUAUAUUUUAUAUGCUGAUACAGAUGCAUAAAUCAACUUAUAAUUUUUGUUAUAAUUUUAAAGAUAAUUGAAUAAUUGAAAUUGUCUUAUACUAUUGUAAUUAAACAGUAAUACAAUCUGUAUAAUCCCUUAUAUCUACUUAAGUGGAUGUCUUUUCAUAAUGCACACUUUCAUUUUUAGGGGAGAAGACAAAAGAAAACUCAAUACAUCCUACUGAACCAACCCAUUCUGUGAAAUCUUAUAAGCGUUUUGAAAGGCAAAAGUGUAGUGACCUUAUUGUUCUUGGUCUUCCUUGGAAAAGCAGUGAAGAAGAUCUUCGAAAAUACUUUCAACAAUUCGGAGAACUGCUGAUGGUUCAGGUAAGAAACUUUUUACAUCAUUUGUUAAAUUAUAUUUAUAAUAAAGUUGAACAAAUAUUUAAAAUAUUUUAUUAUUUAUGAUUACAAAGAAACCACAAACAUAGAAUUUUUUGUUUAACAUAGCUAUUGUGAACACCAAUUUUUUUUAUGAUAGUCGCAGCUUUACCUAUCAAUGGUCUUGCUUGCAGUGUUUAGAAGAACAAAUAAAAUUUGUAAUUUGUUUAAAUUUUGAAACAAUUUAGAAAUGUAAAUUUGCUUUUAUUCAAAUUAUGUUGAUACAAUUUUCAGAAAGUUUUGUGUAAAUAUAUUUUUCCCCUCUUCUGCUUAAAUAAGAUUUUCACUCCUUUGAUAAUUUAGGUCAAGAAAGAUCCAAAAAGUGGUCAAUCUAAAGGUUUUGGUUUUGUAAGAUUUGCUGAGUAUGAAUCCCAAGUGAAAUGUAUGUCUCAGAGACACAUGAUUGAUGGCAGAUGGUGUGAUGUGCGUAUACCAAAUUCCAAGGUAUGUUUUCAUAAUCAUUUUAAAUCUCUUCAUAGCUAAAAUUUAGCACUACUGAAGUGUAUCUAAAAAAUACUUAAAAUUAUGGAUUAAUAAUAACAGGAUCUUUAUAUUCAUAAAAUUGCUUGUGUAUUGCAUAUUUAUCUUGAUAUUGAAGACAGUUUAAAGAACACUAUUUCCAGAAUUUAGUUUUUAUCUUGAUGAAAGAAGGUAAAAGCAAAUAAGGAAUUAGUAAAGAUUAAAUAAAAUGUUCAUAAUUUGAACAUACUUUAAGUGAGUAUGCCAACAACUAACAGAAGGAGAUGUGUGGUGGAAAUUAAUUGAGGAUAUGUUAUAUUUUAUCGUUACAUCUUCAAUGAAUCUACACUUUUAAAACCGAUAUUUCAGUUUUAUUCUUGUUGCAGUUAUAAUGGUAGUUUAUUGUUUCUAUGCAUAUAUCUUAACAGGAAGGUGCCCAGCAAAUGAUGAAUCGCAAGGUAUUUGUUGGACGCUGCACUGAAGACAUGACAGCUGAUGACUUGCGACAGUACUUUAGCAAAUAUGGAGAAGUAGUGGAUGUAUUUAUACCUAAACCCUUCAGAGCAUUUGCAUUUGUCAGUUUUGCUGACCCUGAAACAGCACAAGGCCUUUGUGGAGAGGAUCACAUCAUCAAGGGAGCAAGUGUGCAUAUAAGUGGAGCUGCACCAAAAGCUAGUGAAAAGUUAGUCAUUAGAAUUUAUUGUACAUUUGUAAACUUAUAAGAAAUGCUAUGUAAUUAUAAAAUGUUAUGCAAAAGGCUAAUCGGUUAAAAAUUUUAAACCUUUUUUCUUGUAUAGGUAUGACAGACGAAUGGUACCUAACCAUGGGCAUGUGGCUUAUCAGGGGUCAUGGGGACCAGGUCGAGGAGGAAAUCCAAGCCAUACAAAUAGCAAUAUGGGUGUUGGAGGGGGAAUGGGCAACAACUUGAGUAUUGGAAAUUUGGGACUUGGUGCAUUGCAGGUGAUUAUUAUGUCUAAUGUAGUUUUCUUUUACUCUCUGAAUUUUUAUUCAGCAGCUGUUGUUAAUAGUAAGACCACAGCUAUCUCAACUCAAUGCCACAUAAAUUAUUACUUUUUGCUUUAUUUUUCAUUGUCAUUCCUAUAACUCAUUCCUAUGGUUGCAAAUAAAUGUGUCCUGUCGCAUUCUGACAAACGUCUCUUUUUUUUAAAUAUCAAUGAAUGCACAUGUCCUUUAAGAUUUCCCGGUGAUUGUUAAAUAACUAAUAAUUUGCAGAUUUGAAAUAUAAAUCAAUUUGUUCCGAAAAAAUGGAUGAAGUACUGAAGUCGCAUAGCCGUAGGAAAUAAUUAUUUAAAUUUUUUUUAAAAAUUGAUGAUUAAUAUUAGAGAUUACAUAUUCUUUUUAAUUACUGUUAGCUCUCACUUCCCAGUCUGGUGGUUUUAGCCAAAUUAACAUUUCAAUAUAUAAUUUCUAGCAGAGGUUGAAAGCUUUUAUAAUCAUCAUUUUAUCCUCAGUUUCAAAUACUUUGAUGGCAAUAAAAGCUCAACCUGUCAUUUAAAAAAAAAAAAUAUAUAUUAAGUUGUCCCAUUUUUCGUUAAGCCUAUUGUAUGGUCUUAUUUCUCAGCUCAAUCAUGCUAUGCUGGCAGCAGCCCAGGCUGUUUUAAGCAGCCAGACCGGGUGGGGACCAUUAGGCCUCACACACCAAAGUGGAGGUGCCACCACCAACGGGGACCAAUUGGUAGUGGCCACUACCACUGCUGCUCCUCAUAGUAUCAGCACCUCUUAUGCACCUGCACCAAUGGGCACCUCUAAUGGAGCUGUCGUGACAGGAGCCGGUGGUGGAAACAACAGCUUUCUAGGUUGGGGAAACCAAACUGCAGAGAUGCCACCUGCUCCACACACUGUGGCAACCAGCCAAGUGCCCAGCUGGGGAUCAAUGCCAGCGAAGGCUGGAUCAGGGUGGAAUUGACAUACUAACAAGUGGAUAGUGAUAUAAACAAGUGUGGGUGGGUGCUUUGCUUGGUUGAUUUGAGGAUUUUGUGGCGUGCAUGCUUUAUGGAGAAAAUUGAACAGAAUAAAUAUGAAUGAAUUAUAUAUUUGGAAUAAUUAAUAUUAUGAACUCGGAUUAUUUUGACAAGAUUUGUAAAUUUGUCUCUUUUAAGCAGUGUAUUUUGAAUAGAUUUUGCAGUCUAUCAGACUCAAAAGGGGACAGUGAUUAAAAAUUUGAAUAGAUGAAACUGUUAAAAUUUUGUACUGCGAAUGUAAAAAUUGUUUCCGGCGUUAAAUCACUGCUUAAAUUAGAACAUGAAAAUUACUAUUUUGCUCACUUUGCCCGCACUCUAACGAUAAGCAGUGAGAACAUGUUAAAUUUAGUGUUAAUGUUUGCAUUCUUUUUCUGUUUGUAUAUUAAUUAUUUCAUUUGGUUCAGUUUGCAAGGGAACUUAAAAUUUCAGACAUGUAUUAAUCCCAUACCCUAAUUCACUGGAGUUAAACAAGAUGCCAUGUAAAUGGGUUGUUUUCAGGAGCGAAUAGAGUUGGCACAUGGGAGCUAAAUGAUUUAGUGUGCUGAGCUAUGAAAAUUUUGACUGUAAUAUUUACCAACUAAUGAAGCUAAUUGCUUCUCUUUAAAAUGUACGUUUUAGUGCAUGUAUUAAAUUUAAGUUACCCAAGUUUUGGUGACACAUUAAAAGAAUACAAGGAUUGCGUACGUUUUACUGAGCUGGAAGUACCGGUAUAUGGGACAUUACAUGUUAAAAUAUCAUCUUUUUUUAUUUAGAUCAUACUGGCAUAAAGUUUCAGUGAAAUUAGAAUUUUCAUCUCUACAUACAUCAUACUAAAUGGCAUAACACUUUGCAGCAAAAUUGAUGAAGUGAUAAUUGUGAAAGGUGAUCAUUUUUUAAAGUUAAUUAAUUGAACGUAGGUUCAUGAGUGUAGAGACCAGGACUUUAUAUUUAAUCGCUCGGUGCUGUACAGAUUUUUCCUUUCCAUACAUUGCUCCAUGGAUGUAUAUUAUUCAUAAUGGGAAGAAACAUUUUAUGGGUCUUGUAAAUGACUUGAGACAGUACUGGGUAGUAAAAUUCAGUCAUGUGUCAACGGAGGUGGAUAAGAAUGCUUGCAAGUUUUAUAUUAUGGAUGCCGCUGCAUAAGUUCUAUCUAAUGCAGAAUAUGUAAAAAGAUUUGACAGCAGUAAAGGAGUGUAAAUGGAUGCAUUCAGAUAAGCUGUAAAGUAUGUAAGGAGGUCAUAGUCUAAACUUUGAGCUUGUUAAAACUAGUUUUGAAAAUUGCUCUAGACAAGAGUAAAUACAAAAGUCAAGUGCUUGCAGUCAUGAGUGUUUGGGGUGUUUUGGGGGUUAUUUAUUUUAGCCUGAUAUUUUCUGUUUGAUUUUGUGAUAGUUUUUAUAAAUUUUUUUAUUGAAUUCAGAUUGGUAGGUUACUUUUGUUAUAUUUUCAUCACAUCUGUGAUGGUGAGGUCUUCUAAUUAUUCAGCCUGCGACAGCUUUCUGUUCACAGGAAGCUGUUUCUUCUAUGACAUUUUUUUUGGUAUAUAUUUUUUUAUUUGCUUGCAGUGGAAGUGAUAUGCUGUCCUGAUGUUGUUUAGGGUUUAUUUACAACCUUAUUUAAAGGUCUGUUUGCAUUAUAUAUCCUGAUGUUAUAUAAGAUAGAUGAAUACCUUUCUGGAAUAACAUUAAAUCCCUUUAUUAUUUGAAAAUUAACCAGUAUGCCAGCUUCAAGAGCCAUGAAUAAAACCAUGAGAGGGGAUGGGUUACAAUUUGAUUUUACAGAGAAAAAUAGUUCCAUCUUUCAGUAAGAACAUAAAUCAUAAAGCAC